AGUCAACAGUCAAUCUAUAAUAUAAACUUGGCAACUAAUAAUAAUAAUCCUUUUGAACAAAAUAAUAUUGCCACAACACAAGUGUCCAAAGCAAAUAAUGCCCAACUAAUUAAUAUUAACACUCUUCUUUUACAGAUCCAAAUGCUUGCUAGUAUUAUCCAAAUAUCUAUUAAUACUGAAAAUAAUACUCAUG